AAUUGUUCCUGUGUAAGCAAUUUAUAUAUACACAAGCCCACGAAACUCUAAUGCUUCAAUCCUCAUAAUUUAAUUCAUAAUUGACCUUGAGCUGUUUUGUUAUUGAAAUGAAUAUUCUGGACUUGCUGUCACUGAGCAUGGUGAAGCUCGGCUUUUAGCACACUAGUUUCAUGGCAAUCAAGCUCAGAAAACAAGGCCAACCUUGUCAAAUUUCUCUUUGUUGACACCCAGAUAUGAAAAAAAACCAGCCACUCCAUGUAAUUUAGCUUUAUUUGACUAUAACUCACUUGAAGAAAUAACAAAAGUUCAUGGCUCUCAGAAUUGUUGAGAUUACCUUGUACUUACUUGAUUGACAUUUUUCAUCAAAAACAUUGGUGUCAAUGUCAUUCGUCAUGUAUCGAUGGGUGACAAAUCUGUGCCCAUAGCUCUUCAUAUGAGAAGCAUACGAGAAUGUUCGUUUAUAUAUUCCUUAUAGAAUUUUAAGAAAUUGUUAAAACCUUUUCAGGUACAUAUUGCAACCACUAUUUCUUGCAAAUGCUAGCACAAAUUGGAAGUGGUUAUUUUGAUAGUGCAUAUGAUGCAGAUUCGGUUGAUUUUCAAAUGCAGCGAUUAUUUGCGACUGCUUCAUCAGUCAUUCUAGCCAAUAUAACUGUGGAUGCCUUGGAACAUCUUGAUUCACUUGAGGUUCUUCCAUUUAGAAUUCCGGAUCUCUCAAGUGGCAUGCCAUUGCUUGUAUCAGGCAGAUAUAAUGGAAAAUUUCCAGAAUCAAUUAAAGUUAGUGGUAUCUUGGCAGACAUGAGCAAUUUCACAAUAGAAUUGAAAUCACAAAAGGCUAAGGAUGUGCAACUUGAUAGAGUGCUUGCAAGGAGACAAAUUGACAUUCUCACAGCUAAUGCAUGGAUGUCAGAAAGCCAGGACCUUGAGCAACAGAUUGCAAAAAUGAGCAUUCAAACUGGGGUUCCAUCUGAAUACACCCAUAUGAUUUUGCAUCAGACUGAUACUGGGGAGAAAGCAACAGAAAAAAUUCUGAUGCAGGAGGUAUUCAACAAAAUUAAUUCACUUAGACAAGUGAACUCGGAAAUCCAGAAGGUCAUUUUCUUGGGGAACCUAGGUGUUGGCUUUGGAGACUUGGCUGCGACAGCAUCAAACAUUCCCCCAGGAACAGAUGAAAUAAAGUCACCUGAAGCUACAGAAGUGCUAGUUAAUGCUGCCUCCAAUUGCUGCAGCAAGCUGCUCGAUCCAUGCUGUUGCAUGUGCUUAAUUCAGACUUGCUCAUGUAUGAACAACGAAUGUGCUAUAGCUCUCUCACAACUUUGUGUAGCCCUAGUCUGCUUCGGAUGCCUGUUGUUAUGAGUUUUGCGAAUGUGGAUAAAUUAUGAUGUAAAAAUGGUUGUUGAACAUGUAAAUUAAUGUGCAGAAACUGUAAUGUGAACUACUGUUCUGUUGUAAUGGAAGUUAGAAAAUCUGAUGAUGUUGAGCAUGUGAAGAAUUA